AUUCUGCUAUCAAAGUCUAGUAAAUUAGCGAAUCCGAAGAACUACAAUAUAGAGGUUAAUCGCGACCCCGAGAAAGCGAUAUACCCGGCGAGUUCGCUCGGAAAGCCCUCCGGACGAUCUCCCUCCCUAAUAGCGGACCCUAUCGUCAACUCUAGCGCGGAGCAGUUAAACGACGAAUCCGGCCAAAAGAAGGGCAGUAAGAGCCUACCCCUAAAGACUAUUAUCGAUAACUCUUCUAGAUAUAUCAAACCCGGUAAGAUAUUACUUAUUCUUAGAAAUCUAGGAGCCGGAUAUAUAAUACUACUUAGCGUUCUAUUAAACUAUAGAAAUAGCUUCGUAGAAAUUACUAGUAACGUCUCGUUCGGUUCUAUAACUAGUCAAGAAGCUAAGCAAUAUCGUAUUAGUAAUACUAUCGACUUCGCUAUAUAUUUAAAGGUACCCUUCUACCUGCUACCGGAUAUCAAGAACGAGGAGGAUAUCACUUACAUAAAGGAUACUAAAGUCGGAGAUAAGUUUAUUCGUAGCGUUUCGGGUAGCAAGCGCAAGCAAGUAUCUAUUCUCGAAUACCUUACGACUAGAGGUAGCUUCGAUAAGAUUCUAAUUCUCGAUAAUAGCAAGCAGAUCUUUUACGGACCUCGAGAUAAAGCUAUACUAUAUAUAGAGGAUCUUAGCUUUAUAUACGACCCUAUAGCUAAUAAGUCAGACUUCCUCACGAGCGUAUCGGCGCCUACUAUACGCAUAAUUACUACAGACUUUAAGGACCGAUUUCCUCGAUUAAUAGAGGAGCUACUCGCUACUUAUAACAACUUACCUAUUAAGCUAAGGAUAAUAGCCAAGCUCGAUUACCCUAAUAGCCCCGAAGCUUACUACGGAGUCCGUAGUAUAUUUCUAUUAGGUAUAGACGGCUACUAUAUACUAAUUUCAGAUCCUCUAGAGCAACAAGCGUUAAUCGGUAGCUCACUAUUCUAUAAUACUCCGGAUAAUAUAGCAGGCUUAUUUAUUAAGGGAGGCUUACUCUUCUUCUCUCUACUAUAUCCUACCUUUAUUGCUCUCGCCGAGAUUACGGAUUCGUUCGUCGGCCGACCCGUCUUAGCUAAAUACCGAGACUUCGCUCUCUACUAUCUAUCUGCCUUUCUAUUCAAGUUCAUCAGUGCCGCUUUCCCGAAUUUCGACGUAGCAACUAAAGCUUCUAGAUUCACUAUCGUCGCUACCUUUAUAUAUACAAGAUAUAUAAUUCCCAAGCCCGAUAUAUACCCUUACCUACGCGUUCGAAGUAUUACUCGCGAACAAGUUCUACGACUAGGAGAUAGACAAGUAUAUACCGGCGUCCGUAGUACGCCUCCUAGAGCUAUCGAGAAGCCAUCCGAGAACUCCGGCUCCGAUUCCGAGAAGUCAGACGCAACUAUCGACAACCAGGUCAAGAAUCUAACUUAUACCGUCAAGACGCCGUAUAGCGAUCGUGUUCUUCUCGAUAAUAUUCAAGGAUUUAUCAAGCCCGGUCUUAUAAUUAGUAUUAAGCUUAUAGCUAAGCCUAGUAUUUUAAUCUUCCUCGACGAACCUACUUCUAGUCUCGAUAGCCAAGCUAUAAACAACACGAGUAGCAAGACUGUAUACUUUAGCGAUAUCGGCUAUUAUACAAGGACCGUCAAGAAAUACUUCGCUAAUUAUAGCACACCGUACCCCCGAAAGGCUAACCCUGCUAAGCAUAUAAUUAAAGUCAAGCAGGUAAAGCUUAUCACGCACCGUAUAAAUAUCUCCUUAUUCCGCAACACCGAGUAUAUCAACAACAAGCUUAUCUUUCGAUUAGUAACAGCGUUAGCAAUCUCUAGCAACGCCUCUUCACGGUCUUUAGUUUCCUAUUUAUUGCCCCUAGUCUUAUCUCCUAGCUUUAGCCUAUCUUUAUCGAUCGUCGUAAUAUAUAUAAGACGCGCGAGAAGAAGAGUACUAUUCGUUACUAGCUUGAUCGUUUCUAAGCUACCCUACCUAGUCGUCUAUAGUAGUACCUUCUUCGUCGUAAUGUUUUACAAGAUAUUAUAUACCGGUAUUAGACAAUCGAUCGCCGCGCUCUACUACCUCGAUCCCUUUAACUACCUCUUCGGCGCCUUCCUUAUCUUCACUACCUUCUCCGUCGAUAUUACUUACGAACGGGGCAAGCUUACGGUCUUUAAUCCUCCUAUAAACGAGAUAUAUAGACGUAGCACGAACCUUUUAAACCUAGACGCUACAGAGAACUACAAGGUAUACCGAUAUACUACUAGAUAA